AUGUUUUGUCAACACGGUGAGAAUAAUUUUGUAAUUAAAAGAAUAACGCAUCAAUUUAGCUGAAUACGCAUUUUUCUACCUAAGACAAUUUUGUGUUUUUUACUAAUCUCAGUUUAAUGAGAGAACGUAUUAAGUACACUUUAUAAAACAUUACAGCAAUUAAACUCUGCAAAUUCAACACUUAUGAGUUCAAAAAGAGGUGGUUACCCUUCUGGGGGUGAUUGUCAUGGUAUGCGAUAUCAACGAGGGAGUCGUGAUUCUAGGGGAAAUUGUGAUUCCAGGGGAGGGCGUGAUUUUAAAGAAGGUCGUUAUGGAGGUAAUCGGGAUGGUAAUGGUAGAGGCAAUUUCAAAGAAUUUAGAGGUUCUGAUAAACCACGAGGUGGAAUGGGAGGCCGUCAAGAGAUACUCAAUGUUCCUCAAGGAAAAUAUAACGUUGCAUCCAAUCAAUACAUUUUGCAGCUACCGAAAAAUGCAUUUGUCAUUUACCAAAACUUGGUUACUAUAAAAGACGCAAGAAGUGAUACAUUUAAAUUAUUAAAAGAAGAGAACGAAGAUAUAUUAAGAAGUUACUUACGAGAGAAAAAAGUUCCUUUUUGGGAUAUAUUACCUUAUGAUGGAGAAAAUUUGUUAAUAAGUUCGGAACCUAUCAAGAAUCCAAUAACAACUCAUAAAUUUUCUGGGAAAGAAUAUGUUGUUGAAAUCAUGUACAAUAAUAUUUCUUACGAUAUUUCAAAAAUUUUAUCUGAGGAGAAGGGAAACGCAGAAGCAGUUCAUUGUCUUAGCUUAAUCUUAAGAAUGGCGACUCGUGUCACACAAACGACACCGGAUGCAAAACGUUUUCUUCCAGAAAAUCCUUCAUCUUCAGAUAUUGUCGAAUUACGUUCAAGACGUAAUUUAUCCAUUAUUCUGGGUCAUACACAAAGUCUUGCAGUUAAUUUACACUGUAAAUUAUUGUCGCCUGCAUUAAAUUCUUCGUUGACUAAUUGGCUCCAACAAAAGCAAAGCAAAUAUUUGGCAGUAGCCAUUAAUCCAGCCUGCAAAUUAGCUAUUCAAAGACAGUCGAUCGCAGCUUAUUGCUUAAGUGCGUUCAACGUGGAUUUGUUCAGUAAAAACAUCAGUAGUAAUAAUAUUAUUGCGUUAUCAAGCUUAAAAAAUUUAAAAGCGGAAACACAUUAUAUGCCAGACCCCGUAACAAGAAAACCAUCAAAACGAACUUUUAAAAUUGAACGAAUUUCUUUUGAAGAGACCCCCAUGUCGUAUAAAUUCGAUUAUGAAGGUUCAGAAAUAACUUUACUUAAUUAUUUUGAAAAACGGUAUAAAAUCUUUUUAAAACAUCCUCGGGGACCAUUGGUUCAAAUGAGACCAGCAAAGAAAAAAACGUUCAUACCAGUGGAACUUGUCGAAAUUUCUUAUCAAUACAUGAAAAACAUGGAAGAAGAGGAUAUUAAAACAGCAAUGGCAACUUCAAUGAUUAUGGAUCCUGGUAGCCGUUUAAACUAUUGUUCAAAAAAAAGGCAACUUUUCGAUAAAAAUCCUGUCAUGGAACAUUUUAAAUUAGGCAUUGAAACAAAGCCACAAACAUAUAAUGCUUUUAUAUUGAAACCUCCUUCUAUUAUGUAUUCAAACGAUUGUAAAGCACCUAUUAAAGGUUCAUGGAAUUUGGAGCGAAAAAAACUUUUAUUACCAAUUACAUUGAAUACCUUAAUUAUUGUAGCAAUUAAUACUCGUAAUUUUGGUGAAGAGGAAGUGAAGCGAUUUGCUGCAGAAUUUCUGCAAACGGCAAGAUUACUAGGAUUUAAAGGAACAUUAACGUAUAAAGUGAUUUGGGCGACAUUGAAAAAUCUUGAUACUGUAAAACAUCAAUUAUCCAAAAAAACAUCAACAGAGUUUGUCUUAUUUAUUUUACCAUCUCAAGAGAUUGAUGCCUAUGAAAACGUCAAAAACUCCUUUUACCCCUGUACGCCUGGUGGAUGUGUGGUAGCACUUCAAACCCCCAUCUUGAAUCCCAGAAAACGACCCAGUACUGGACAUUUUGCUAAUAUUUUAUGCAAAAUCAAUAAGAAAAUGGGAGGAAUUAAUCAUUCGUUAUCUGGAAAUUCGGAGACGACAAGUACCUUAUUUGGUGCAAAUAAAUCAUUUGCUAUUGUGGCAUAUUCAAUGCUUGCAAAUAGUAUUCCUUCUGGACCGAAAUCAGAAUUUGAUGUGAAGGGUUGUGCACUUCUUGCAUCUUUAAGUGGAAAUGUUCAACAUUUUAAGAGUGAUUUUUGGGUACAGUUAUGCAAUGAAACAAAAAUGGAUGUUUUCAAAACUCGUUUAACGGCUUUGUUCAAAAAAACAUAUAACUCCCCUAAAAAAAAUUGGCCACAAAGACUUGUUGUUUUUCGUGAGGGCGUUCCCGAAAUGAAAAAGGAAGAAAUUGUUGCGGAGGAAGUGGCUUUAAUCAAAAAUUGCUAUGAAUUAGAAAGUUUGCCUGAGCCUGAUAUAAUUGUUUUAUGUGUUUAUCGGAUGCAAGCUGUAAGAUUUUUUAAUAGUAUCAGUUCAGCACCAGAGAACUCUAAUAUUCCACCUGGAACGGUCAUCUAUGAAUCAGCUGUGGCGUCUGGAACUUGCCCUAAUUUUGUGCUUGUAGCCCACGCUGGUUUAAAAGGAACUAGUCGUUGUCCUCGAUAUUAUAUUGUUCAUGAUGAUUUAUCUAGUAAAAAAAAAUUAAGUAUUAUGUUUUGGAUACAGUUCUGCCUCGAACAAUGCUAUUCGUAUGAAGUAUGUCAAAGAGCUGUGUCUUAUGUGGCACCAUUGUUUUACGCGAAAAAGCUAAGUGAUCGCGCAUUUCUUCAUGCCAAAACGUUGUUGCGUAGUUCACGAACGAAAAUUGACAGUCUACUAAAAGCUUCAAGUUUGAACACAGAUGACAAAACAGUUCCGAGUAUUUCCGAAGUUAUACAAGCAUCUGUACAAAAAAUUAAUACGCAUCUUUCACACGUCAGAGAAGCUUCAAGUGAUAUGUUUUUUAUUUAAAAGAAUAAAAUUAAAAUUUAUUAAAAAAAAAUAACUAGUUGUUUUUUUGGCAGUAAGAUUCAUUAGCGUUUAGCUUUUUUCUUUGUAACUUGAAUGUUGUUUAAUUCAAAAACGUCAAAGAACUUUUUCAUAUAUUAUGUGAAAACAUUAUGCA